GGAUCAUGACGGAGGAUGCGGGGGAAGAAGGCGGGAGAGGAAGACUGGAGAGUCGUGGUUGACAUGGUAACUCUUCAGCUGUGUCUCCCUAGUUCUCUGCUCCCGGGACUCGGCUGCUGCCCGCGGCCCCGCCUGUGCUCUUUCGGCCGGAGAGCGACUGCCGCCUCCUCGCGGGUCCCCUUGGCUGGACACGCUUAGGGCAAGGACUCCGUUGUGCCCCGCUACGUGGUGCCUUCUCCCCGGGGUCCAGCGGCGGGGGCGCUCCUCGCGGAGCCCAGACCGCCAGGCGAACGCACCUCCUUCCCCACCCUAGUGCCCUGGGCGCUCCCUGCUGCCCGGGGCCAGUCCGGCGGGCGCGGCCCCUCCAGGCAGAGUCCGCGCUGGAACUGCCGAGACGCCUGCCCCGGGAGCAGCGCCCAGGUCGCUCAGCCGUUCCCGCCAUGAACCCGAGCCCGGCGUUCGGACCCCGGACGGGCGGCUCUCCCCGGGCAGCGGCCGGGGCGCGGCGCAAUGAGAGCCAGGACUAUCUGCUUUUGGACUCGGAGCUGGGGGACGAUGGCUGCCCACCACCUUCGCUGCCUCCCUACGGCUACUACCCCUGUUUCCGAGGCGCCGACAACAGACUGACCCACCGGCGGCAGACAAUUCUCCGUGAGAAGGGGAGAAGGUUGGCGAAUCGAGGGCCAGCAUACAUGUUUAAUGAUCGUUCCACAAGCCUAUCUAUCGAAGAGGAACGCUUUUUAGAUGCAGCUGAAUAUGGCAAUAUCCCAGUGGUGCGGAAGAUGUUAGAAGAAUGCCUUUCACUCAAUGUUAACUGUGUGGAUUACAUGGGCCAGAAUGCCCUGCAGUUGGCAGUGGCCAAUGAGCAUCUGGAAAUUACAGAACUUCUUCUCAAGAAAGAAAACCUCUCUCGGGUUGGGGACGCAUUGCUUCUAGCUAUUAGCAAGGGUUAUGUUCGGAUUGUGGAAGCAAUUCUCAAUCAUCCAGCUUUUGCUGAAGGCAAGAGGUUAACAACCAGCCCCAGUCAGUCUGAACUCCAGCAAGAUGAUUUUUAUGCCUAUGAUGAAGAUGGGACACGGUUCUCCCAUGACGUGACUCCAAUCAUUCUGGCUGCUCACUGCCAAGAGUAUGAAAUUGUGCACACCCUCCUGCGGAAGGGUGCUCGGAUUGAACGGCCUCAUGAUUAUUUUUGCAAGUGCAGCGAAUGCAACCAGAAACAGAAGCAUGACUCUUUUAGCCACUCCAGAUCUAGGAUUAAUGCCUACAAAGGCCUGGCGAGCCCUGCUUACCUGUCAUUGUCUAGUGAAGAUCCAGUCAUGACAGCUUUAGAACUUAGCAAUGAGCUGGCAGUGCUGGCCAACAUUGAGAAAGAGUUCAAGAAUGACUACAAAAAACUGUCGAUGCAAUGUAAAGAUUUUGUCGUUGGACUCCUUGAUCUGUGCAGAAAUACCGAAGAAGUAGAGGCCGUUCUGAAUGGAGAUGUCGAAAUGUGCCAUGAUGGCGGAGAUCACGGUCGUCCAAAUCUCAGCCGUUUAAAACUUGCCAUUAAAUAUGAAGUUAAAAAAUUUGUAGCUCAUCCAAACUGCCAGCAGCAGCUGCUCUCCAUUUGGUAUGAGAAUCUUUCCGGUUUACGGCAGCAGACGAUGGCAGUCAAGUUCCUCGUGGUCCUCGCUGUUGCCAUUGGCCUCCCCUUCCUGGCUCUCAUUUACUGGUUUGCUCCAUGCAGCAAGAUGGGGAAGGUAAUGCGUGGACCAUUCAUGAAGUUCGUGGCACACGCAGCCUCCUUCACCAUUUUUCUGGGACUGCUCGUCAUGAAUGCAGCGGACAGAUUUGAAGGCACCAAACUCCUUCCUAAUGAAACCAGCACAGAUAAUGCAAAACAGCUGUUCAGGAUGAAGACAUCCUGCUUCUCAUGGAUGGAGAUGCUCAUUAUAUCCUGGGUAAUAGGCAUGAUAUGGGCUGAAUGUAAAGAAAUUUGGACUCAAGGCCCCAAGGAAUACUUGUUUGAGUUGUGGAAUAUGCUUGAUUUUGGUAUGUUAGCAAUCUUUGCAGCAUCGUUCAUUGCAAGAUUCAUGGCAUUCUGGCAUGCUUCCAAAGCCCAGAGCAUCAUUGAUGCAAAUGAUACUCUGAAGGACUUGACAAAAGUGACGUUGGGAGACAAUGUGAAAUACUACAAUUUGGCCAGGAUAAAGUGGGACCCCUCUGAUCCUCAAAUUAUAUCUGAAGGUCUUUAUGCAAUUGCUGUGGUUUUAAGUUUCUCCAGAAUAGCUUAUAUUUUACCAGCAAAUGAAAGCUUUGGACCUCUGCAAAUAUCACUUGGAAGAACAGUGAAAGACAUCUUCAAAUUCAUGGUCAUAUUUAUCAUGGUGUUUGUGGCCUUUAUGAUUGGAAUGUUCAACCUCUACUCCUACUACAUUGGUGCAAAACAAAAUGAAGCCUUCACAACAGUUGAAGAGAGUUUUAAGACACUGUUCUGGGCUAUAUUUGGACUUUCUGAAGUGAAAUCUGUGGUCAUCAACUAUAAUCACAAAUUCAUUGAAAACAUCGGUUAUGUUCUUUAUGGAGUCUAUAAUGUUACAAUGGUCAUUGUUUUGCUAAAUAUGUUAAUUGCAAUGAUCAACAGUUCAUUCCAGGAAAUUGAGGAUGACGCUGAUGUGGAGUGGAAAUUUGCAAGGGCCAAACUUUGGUUUUCCUACUUUGAGGAGGGGAGAACACUUCCUGUUCCCUUCAAUUUGGUGCCAAGUCCAAAGUCCCUGUUUUAUCUCUUACUGAAGCUUAAAAAGUGGAUUUCUGAACUGUUCCAGGGUCAUAAAAAAGGUUUCCAGGAGGAUGCAGAGAUGAACAAGCUUGGGCAGAGUAAGCAAUCAAGGAUGCGGAGCUCAGAAGAUUUCCAUUUAAAUAGUUUCAAUAAUCCUCCAAGACAGUAUUUGAAAAUAAUGAAGAGGCUCAUUAAAAGAUAUGUACUGAAAGCCCAAAUAGAUAAGGAGAGUGAUGAAGUAAAUGAAGGGGAACUGAAAGAAAUUAAACAGGAUAUCUCAAGUCUCCGCUAUGAACUCCUUGAAGAAAAAUCUCAGAAUACAGAAGACCUAGCAGAACUUAUUAGAAAACUUGGGGAGAAAUUAUCAAUGGAACAGAACCAAGAGGAAAGCAAUAGAUAAUGCAAAGUCUUCCUUAGAAAUUCUAAUUUAUUUGUCCACUUGAAGCCAUAUUAUUUUCCAAUUUAUUUUUUUAAGUGCCAGUGUCCCCUCCUCUUAAACAAGAAAAAGUUAAAAGAUAAUUUGGGUCAUCCUACCAUUCCGAACCCUAGUAUUUAAUAUUGUGGGUGAUUAAAUUUCAUUGUUCAGGCUAAAGUUUGCAGAUUGGGAUGAAGGGUAUGUCUACUUGUGCGGUGCUUGCCUUAUAAACUGCCUUCUUGUGUAUGGUUGUUGUGAUGAUACAAUUCCCAUGUAGCCUCUGCCUGGGAAUUGUGUCUGCUGGUGGCAGGCAAAUGCACGACACUUCCUGUGUGGCACUUCACACAGGUACUUUCAGGCACCUAUUAUGUGCUCUGAGGAUCCCCUUCUGGUGACUUAGCGCCCCAGAAUCCGGAGAAAAAUGGCCAUUGAAAGAAUGCUGAUUAAUCAUCACCUUCCCUGCUUGAUAGUGUCCAUGAAAAAUGGGCUUAAUUUUUCCAAAAUUUUCUGAUUCAUCUUUGAAAACAUUACAUUUAAUAGUUGUGUGCAUCUGUGUCUGCACAUGCAUUAAAUAUUUGUCCUAUUUCUUCUGCAUCUAAUAAUGUGGACACCCGAGAGCUCUUUAUAAUUUUUUAUUGUGACUGAAAAAUUACUGACCAAAUGAGAGCACUCUGUUGGAGAAAUAAAGCCACAAACAAUGUGGUUACUUGGUCUAGUUAUAGCACAUUUUUGUACCAUCACUGAAGGCACAGAUGAAUACCCAAUUUUUGGCUAUUAAAUGUGAAGGAAAAAAAGUGAUGCAAGAACUUGCAAACACUGUUUCAUUUUCAGUAUGUUCUACCCUUAUACUUAAAAUAGAGACUUAUAUUCAUGAGCAUUCAUCACGAGGUAAUAUUUGAAACAACUAAAGAGAAACAAAUGUUCAUCAACUGCCGACUGUCUCAAUAUUUUGAUGGUGCUGGGUAUUAACUCAAAAGAGCUGCUUUAAAUUCAAUAAAAAGAGGCAUCAGAAA